CAUUUGUCUGCAUGGUGCUCUCCUUGUUCACACUUCACACCCUCUAGACUCCAUCUUAUCCACGGCCAUGCGAGAUGCUCGUCCUGCUGAGGUAUCAGCAGGUGCCGGUGGUGCUGGUGGGGAACAAGGUGGACCUGGAGGAGGAGAGGGAGGUGUCCCCCAGCGAGGGCCAGGCGCUGGCAGAGGACUGGGGCUGCCCCUUCAUGGAGACGUCGGCCAAGAGCAAGACCAUGGUGGACGAGCUGUUCGCUGAGAUCGUGAGGCAGAUGGACUUCUGCCCCCUGCCGGACCGGAGGGAGGCGUGCUGCCCCGCCUGCAGCGUGCAGUAGCAGCCGGUCGGAGGUGAUGGAUGGGAGGGGUGGUAGAAAAUUAGAAUGCAAAUGAAUUCAUGUUAGAUAGAUUAAAGAUGGAGGGGUUUAAAGAAAAAAUCCACUCCUUCUAAAAAACGGUUUCUACCUGCUUUCUGUAUCUAGCAGAAGUAGACAAAGGUGGCAACAUUUUGACAUACAUCACUCCUCGGACACAGGGUGGAUUUUUCCCUUGAAAGAUUAAAACAACACUUGACCUCCCAUGUUCACGUUAACAGGAGUAAAUGUUCGGGGUUUCCCAAAGGCAGCACGGUGCCAAAACCAUCUUGAAAAGCCAUCGCCAAAGAGGAUCAUAGUGCGAAAUGCUUCUUGGGAAACCAGCCAUAGGUCCGAGCAGGGAUGGCAGUGUUUUUGGUCCUCUUUUACUUCUGCUUGUGUUUUUCUUGUUGCACUUUUGGGACUUCUUUGACAGUGCAAGACCAAUCACCAAGUAUCUGAACGGAUGUCAAGUAACACCACUGUGAAGGAGUCGUACUGGAAGUGAAAUUCACAGCAGGCCCGCCUAACUAUGAAUGAAUGAAAAGAUGAACGAAUGUUUAAAAUAAGGAAACCGCACCUUUUGGGGAAAUUCCUUCAGAAGAUCCCAACGUUGACAUACUGUGGAUGAUGUGUGCAUGACGUUGUACUGUCACACUGACAUUGAGUACAAUCAAUCUCACCCAAAGAGACAGUAUCAAUCAACUGAUCAAACAAUCAUUGAAAUGUACAGAACACUUGUCUUUACACAUUACGGAUGAUACAAAUGCCUUGUUACAUUGUUUGAAGUCAACAUCAGUGUCAAUGUAUAGUUCAUUUAUCUUAUUCACAUCAGAUAUGUUAGUGGUUCAAUGUGAGAAACACUUAUUUUCAACAAAAAAUAAAUCUUUA